AUGGCGAAGGCGCGGUCCUCGCGCACGAGGCGCUCAACGCUCCACGUCAUUCUGCAAGCCCAGGUCCGCCUGCAUCGCGAUGUGGCCGCCGCCGCCGAGCUCGGCGCGCUGCGCGUUGGUGAUGUAGUUGACCACGACGCGUUAUCCGUGCUGUGCGAAGAGACGGGCGGCUGCGGCGCCCAGGCCUGCACUACCGGCUGUGACAAUGACCUCCAACCACGGGAGUUGGGGAGGAGACCAUCGCUUCCUUAA